GAACAUCGCAGUUAUCGUUUUCACGCAUGGCUGCUUAUGGCUGAGGCGUUGAUGCUAAGCUUUCUACUCCUCCGUCAUCUACCAUUACCAUGGUUACCUCCUGCCUCAGCUUUGUCUCCUUGUACGGUCUCUUUCUCCGCCGUAAUUACACGGCCGCAGGUCUCUCUCCGUUUACCGUCGACGUCGAUGAAGAUACAACCAUCCAUUUCUGGGGACCUCGCUCUGGUUCACGAUCAAGAGAGAAGCCAUCACUCGUUUUAAUUCAUGGUUUCGGUCCAAGCGGUAUAUUUCAAUGGCAACAACAAGUUCGAUCGCUCUCCGUUCACUUCGAUCUAUACGUUCCUGAUCUCGUAUUCUUCGGCGGAUCAACCACUAAAUCAUCCGAUAGAUCGGAGAUUUUCCAGGCGAUUUCUCUAGGAAAGCUGUUCGAGAAAUUGGGCGUGAAACGAUUCUGUGUUAUUGGAACGAGUUAUGGUGGUAUGGUAGCGUAUCAUAUGGCGUCGAUGUGGCCGGAGAGAGUGGAGAAAGUGGUGAUUGCGAGUUCUGGUGUGAAUAUGGUAAAGAAAGAUCAACAAGAGAUUUUGGAAAGGGCGAGAGUAGAGACGAUUGAGGAUCUAAUGCUGCCGAAGACGGCGGCGCAGUUACGCAACUUAAUUCGACUGGCGGUGUUCAAACCUCCUCCGAUGUUACCGGAUUUCUUCCUCAACGAUCUUCUUCACACAUUAUUUGCUGAAAACAGAGAAGAGAGGAUGGAACUUCUCAAGGGACUAACAAUUGGACGUGAUAAAAAGCCACAAGUUUCUUCUCUUGAGCAGGAGGCCUUGAUUGUAUGGGGAGAGCAUGAUCAGAUAUUCCCAUUAAAGAAGGCUUUUGAGCUCAAAGAGAUUCUAGGAGGAAAGGUUCAAUUGGAGGUGCUGAAGAACACAUCCCAUGUGCCCCAGGUUGAGGAUCCGAACCAAUUCAAUGCCAUUGUCAAGAAUUUCUUAUGUUGAUAUAUUUCUACUUCCCUAAAACCAAUUUGCACAUGGUAGUUAUCCAUGUAACAAUGGAAGAUGAUGUUCCCAAAUUCACAACAUAAAUUUGAGUCAUCC